CAUUUUUUUCGAUUUAUUUGUUUGUUAUAAAAAAAAAUAAAUAAAUAAAUAAAUAAUAUGAAUACUCCAAUAAAAUGGAUAUAAAAAGAUUAAGAGAAAAUAACUUCACCAAAAAUAGUAGCAUUAAUAGUAGUAAAAAAAUAAAAAUAACAAAUUUUAAUAAUAAUAAUAUUAAUAAUAAUAGUAAUAAUAAUAAUAAUGUUAUAAUUAAUAAUACAACUAAUAUUAAUAUUACAAAACCAAUUUUACCAAUUUAUUUACAAAAAAUUAUAAUCAAAUUAUUAUGUAAUAAAAUUGAUGAAUAUAAUAAAGCUUAUAUUAAUUAUUAUAUUAAUGACGAAUUGGUAGAGAUGGAUAAUAUUCAAAAAUAUGAAAUACAAUCACUUGCACUAGUUAAUUGGUGUUGGUUCAACUGUUUUCGUGAAAAUUUAACAGUUUCACAUGACUUUUUAAGUUAUCAUUAUUAUCCAAGUUUAUAUGAUUUAGAAGGUGAAAUAAAUAAAAUUAAUAUUAAUAAUAAUAAUAAUAAAAGUGAUACUUUAGAAAAGUCAAAUAUUAUAACAGCGGUACAAGAACUUGAUUAUCAAUCCUCUUCUAUAUUACCAUUAUCAAAUUCAAAAACAUUAGAAAUAAAUAAUAAUUGUAAUAAUUUUAAUAAAUUUAAUCACUAUAUUAUAAAUAGAGUUAAUAAUCAAUUAAAUAAUAAUAACAGUAGAUUUAAAUUAAUUAAUGAUAAUAAUAUUAUCGAAUUAAAAUUAAAUUUUAGAGACUAUUUUAAUAAAAAGAAUUUAAAUAAUCAAUGUUUAAUUAAAAAAAUUAUUCAAUCAAUAAAUAAGAGAAUAAAAAGUUUCCCAAAUUUAAAAAAGAUAUAUGUAGCCAAUAGAUAUUAUCCAUUUGUAUCAAUUGAGGAACAAAAGCAAUGGGAGAUUAUUAAUCUCAUAGAGUUUAAUAAUAUAUCAACUAGAAUAUGCUAUUUGGAUAAGCGGGUAUCAAAUGUUAAAGAAAUUCAGUUCCUCUAUGGGACAGUCCACAGCGUAAAGGAGGUGGCACCAUUUUUAAAGUCAUUAGAUAUGGUAGAGCAGGUCUAUUUAAAUGGAGAUUGUGAAGGUUUUGAAUAUCCUCAAUUAUAUCAAUUACUUGGUAACGAAAGUUGCUUCACAAAUACUUUAGAUUUUCAAGUCGAAACAAAUAUUUCGAUUGAAGAUUUUUAUUACAUUUUAAAAUUAUCACCAAAUACCAAAAUCUUAUUAGUCAAUUUAUGCUUUGAUAAUUUAAUUUAUGAACUUUCAAAUAAAAAAUCAACAUGUCCAAAAUGUUUAUGCACCGAGGAUGACGAAGAUAAAUUCAACGAAGAUAGUGAUGAUUAUAAUAACUCUAUAAUUAAUAAUGAAAAACAAGUUUUAACAAUUUCAAAAAAUAAUAAAAAUAUUAAUGAUAAUAAUAAUAAUAAUAAUAAUAAUAUUGAUAAUAAUAAUAUUGAUAAUAAUAACAAUAAUAAUAAUAAUGGUAAAAUUAAUAAUAAUGAUAAUGAACAAGAACAAUCUGAUAAUAGUAGUUUAAUUAAUUUUAUAAAAAAACCAAAAUAUUUUAAAGAUUAUUGGGAUUUUAUAUUUAAUUUUAUUAUUAAUCAUAAAAAAUUAAAGAAUAUUGGCUUUUCAUCAAGUUGCAGACUUAAAUCCACAGCUUUGAAUAGUAAAGAUCUUCCAAAUGAUUUCAUUGAAACAUUUGGAUCAAUGUUAAUUAAUAAUCAAUCGUUAAGUAAGGUCCAUUUCAAUAGAGUCCCAAUUCAAUUUCUCAAAUUAUUAGAAUACAUUAUCCAAAAUAAUAAAAGAAUUACAAGGUACAAUUGCAGUUUGUUACAUGACAGUGUAAAUAAUCAAUCAAAACUAGCCCAGUUUAUAAAAUCAUUAAAUUAUCUGUUAACUCAAAAAGAAAAUAACCACAUUCUAAAAUUUUAUUUGGAAAGUGAAAAUCAAAUCAUUUUAUUAAAUUAUAAGAAAAAAUAA